CUUUCCUUGUCUUGCAGGUCAGGAAGAAAGCAUGCAGAAGAAGUAGAAGACCAUCGUCUCAAACAGCAGAGCCUGGAGGCAUCAGAUGAUGGAGGAGACAUUCCUGUGAUCCCUGACUUGGAGGAAGUCCAGGAGGAAGAUCUGGCCAUGCAGGUCGCAGCUCCCCCCAGUGUGCAGGUGGACCGCGUGCUGACCUACCGUGACCUGGACAAAGACCUUAUGAAGUACGCUGCCUUUCAGACCCUGGAUGGAGAGGUUGACCUGAAGCUUCUCACCAAAGUUCUGGCUCCGGAGCAUGAACUACGAGAGGAUGAUGUCGGCUGGAAUUGGGACCAUCUCUUCACAGAGGUGUCCUCAGAACUAGCAACUGAGUGGGACCUGGGACAGCCUGAGAGAGAGGACCACCUAAGUGUGCCCUAGAGCACUGGCACACCAGACAUCUCAUACACGCAUCCCCUGUAAAUAAACACUUCAAUUUUCUAAUUACUUGUUUGGAUUUGAGAAUUUAUUUCAGACAUGAACAUAAAUAGGACCUUGCUUCAUA